GAAUGCCUUGCUUGUGCCACAGAAUCGUCUUCAAGUGGUCCGCUGGAAUGAAGCCAUCAGAAUGAGGGAGUUUUACGAGCAUGCGUCACUCGAAGAAUUGAUUCAAGUUACGCUGCCAACAGAGUAUGAGACGUGGAAAAUGGAAAAGGAGUAUGCGGAUCUCAAGGAGGCCUUGGGAGUUAUACACCAGACCCAUGGCGAGGAUGAGCGUGAAAGAGACCACCGUGCAAGGAUGUGGGUUUGUAAUCGGCCUGGCAAUGGUAGUCGGAUAAAUCUCUAUCGUUCUCGUGGCUAUGGAAGCAGCUUUAGAGAAGUCAUUUCCGCCGACGAGGAGUGGCCCGAGGAGGGCUGGGCCAGUGCUGGACUUGUGCAGCCGGAUGCGGACUUUGUCACCAGAUUCGAGACGAAGAUGAGGAUGCGGCCGUUUCUGGUGCGUGAGAAUAGGCGUAGACCACGUUAGUGACUAUGGUUGGCGUCUAUGAUGAGCACGGUUGGGCAAGGGGAUUGGAGUCUUGAUGGAGGGAGUCUUGAGGAGGAGAUAUGGUGGGUUGGUCGGAUUGAGAUUGGAAUUUGGGUCUUUUAUUUGGGUCUUUUAUUUGGGUCUUUUAUUUUGCUCUUUCUCUUUUGCUUAACUUGUUUCCUUUAGGAUUAUUUCCGGUUUUGCGGGGUUGCUUUGUUUGUUUGGGUGGGUUUGAACAAUCUUGGUCUUUCUUUACAAUUUCGAUCCCCGUUUGGGACUUUUCUUGCCUUCUUUCAGUACGUCUUUACGUCCCUACACCUCAGCCAGUGGUCCCGGGCCU